GAAAAACUAAAACAUAAUAACAUUUUUUUCACGAAUCAUUGCUUACUAAAAAUUCUGCGUCCAUCACAUCCGCGCUCUAUCGAUAUGAAGGGGACAAUUUCAGAUGAGAUAGAAGUGAAUGUGCCUGCAAAUGUAGCAUGGGAGCUCUAUGGAACAUUACAUUUGUCUAGGUUCAUUGUGCAAGAGUUGCCUACUCUUCUCAACAAAGUUGAUGUGAUUGAAGGUGAUGGUAGUACUGGAACUGUCCUCAAAAUCACUUUUCCUCAAGGUACAUCAGGAAUACCUUAUUUCAAGGAAAGAUUCAACAUAGUAGACAAUGAAAAAAGAUACAAGCAAUCUCAAGUGAUUGAAGGUGGAUAUGUUGAUCUUGGAUAUAUUUUUUAUGGAAUUAGAUUUGAAGUGAAUGAGAAAGAUGAAAAUUCAUGCAUCACAAAAUUUACAGUAAAUUAUGAAGUUGAAGAUGUGAAACUUGCAAAUCAUGCAUUCACUAUGUUUGAGCCAUUGCAGACUGUCAUCAGAUCAGCCAAGACUUAUUUAACAAAUAAACACACAUCUAAUUAAUUAAGAUGACCAAGUUUUUAUUGUUAUUCCAAUGAAAUUCAAUUGUACUCUAUUCAAAUUUCACUCGCAAGAUUAUACUGAGUAUGUUGUUGUAGUAUAUCAUAUUGCAUAACGUUUCACACAUAAAUAUGUGACACAAAAAUAAUAAUAUCAUCUUCUUCUUAA